GUAAUCCUCAAAAUUUCCCUUUUCAUCACAUUUUAAAUCAAGUUUCACAUAUUUUCUCUGGUUAAUAACGAAAGAUAUAAAUCUAUUUAAUAGCAAUGGAAUCUAUGGAGGUUCUCCUCAAUAAUCUACUCCUUGCCGAAAACGUUCAGAAGGCAACCGAGGAGUUGAAUGAAGCUCUUAAACGUCCAGAAACUAUUCAGAUUUUAUGUGAAAUCGUUGUGAGAUCCGCAAAUCCUCAACUUCGACAAUAUGCAGCUGUCAUUCUCCGCAAGAGACUAGUGAAGUUAAGAUUUUGGAAUAUGGUGCCAAAAGACCAACAGCAGCUCAUUAAAACAGGUUUUCUUCAAGCUAUCACUACAGAGCAAGAUAAAUCAGCUCGUGCUGCAAUUACACAAGUUGUCGGUGCGCUUGUAAAUCACGAAUUUCCCAAGAAGGAUCCAUGGGCCAAUGACGUUCUAAAGUUUGUUUUUGAAAGUUCUCAAUCAAGCGAUCCCGCAAUAAGUCUUUUGGGUGCUGAAACAUUCGCUACAUUAACAGAAGCUGCUCCUGACCAAUUCAUACCGCAUCUAGAAACUAUCGGAAUGUUCUGUUCACAAGCAAUGAUCGUAUCGGAACAAACAAACAAUUUGGGAAAUCCUGUUGUUUUCAAUCUUCUUAUGGCUAUGUCGCAUUUAGUUCCUUUCAUAAUUGGGCAUAAUGUGGCCGAACAUGUUUUCACAUCAUCUGUUCCUUACGUUGUUAAAGCACUUCACGCAUUUUCAGCUCAAAAUGAUGAAGAAAAAUUCAUCGAUGCCUUUGAUAUUCUUGAAAACCUUGCUGAUCACGCACCAAAACUUCUCACAAAUCAUAUCACAUUGUUAAUUGAAUUUUGUUUGGAAUUAGCACGAAGAAAAGAAGUCGAUGAAGGAAUUCGAGUGAAAGUCAUCACUUACAUUGCCUUGAUUGUUCGACUUAAAAAGAAGUUGAUUUUAAAGUUGAAACUUGUCGAGCCAAUCAUUGCAGUGUUGUUUCAAUUAAUGGCAGCACCAAGUGAUGAUAGUGGUGAUGAUACUGAAGAAUACUUUGGAAGCAAUGAAGUCACAACUCCUAUGAAUUGUGCAACACAAACACUUGACACAUUAGCUCUGAGUAUACCGCCAAAAAAUUUGAUUCCACCUCUCUUAGCGAUUCUCGAGCCAGCACUUCAAUCAUCGAACGAUCCAUUACAAAAGAAGGCCGCAUAUUUAUCAAUUGCUGUGAUUGCUGAAGGAUGCAGUUCAGCAAUUUGUAAGAAAUAUUUACGUCCAUUGUUGGAUUGUAUCAAGACUGGUAUCACCGAUCAAAAUCCAAUCAUCAGAAACAGCGCAUUGUUUGCUUUAGGACAAUUCUCUGAACACUUACAACCCGACAUUUCUCAAUUCUCAGAAGAAGUUCUUCCAAUUCUCUUCGACUAUUUGUUAAUGCUUUCAAAUCAGAUUCGGGCUGGUGGUAAAGAACCUCAACAUAUCGAUCGUGUCUUUUAUGCUGUUGAGACAUUCUGUGAGAAUCUUGAAGAUGCUUUAGUUCCACAUUUACCGGUAUUGAUGGAACGAUUGUUUGAUUGUAUGGCACCAACGAAUUCUGUUCAUUUACGUGAAUUGGCAUUGAGUGCAAUUAGUGCAACAUCAACAGCAGCAAAAUCUAAUCUCAUGCCGUAUUUCCCACAACUUAUUGAAGGACUUAAAAUGUAUUUGCAAAAGACCGAAGAUGAAGAUAUUUGUACACUUAGACCAGCAGCAAUUGACACAUUGGCAGCUCUUGCAAGAACAAUCGGAAAGGAAAAUUUCCUCCCACUCGCUAUUGACACGAUGAACUUGGGAUUAACUUUGAUCGAAGAUGGAAGCGAUCCUGACUUGAAACGUUCUUGCUACAAUUUAUUUGCAUCAAUGGCAUCGAUUCUCAAUGAACAAAUGGGAUCGGCGUUGGAGAAAAUCGUUUCAUCAAUGAUUGACAGUGUCAAAAGCACAGACAGCAUCAUAAGCAUGAAGAAGGAAAGUGAAGAGAAUGCUUUGGAAGAUAACAACGCUGAGAAUGAUGAUCAAGAAUUUGAUAUUGAGACUUCUGAUGGUGAGGAAGAAGACGAAGAAGACAUGAUUGGUGUUGAGAAUAGUUACAUGGAGGAGAAGGAAGAAGCUGUCAUUGCAUUGAAAGAAAUUGCUGAACAUACUGGAACAUCAUUUGCGCCAUACAUUCGAACAUCAUUCGAAGAAAUUUACAAGCUUUUAAACUACCCAAAUGAAGAUAUUCGUCAAUCAUCAGUUGAAGCUUUAUGUCAAUUUGUCAUUUCUCUUUAUAAAUUGAAUGACAUUGAAGGUGUUAAGCACACAUUAUUGAUUCUUGUUCCAAAAUUAAGUGAAAUUAUUCACAUGGAUGAAGAAAGGAUUGUUGUAAUGGCUGCUUUAGAAUCAUUUAAUUCCAUUCUUGAAGAGUUGGGAAAAGCUGCACUUGAAGUUGAUGGUCAUAAAGAUGCAAUUUAUUCAUGUGUUGUUGAUGUACUAAAUGGAAAAGCAACGUGUCAAUAUGAAGAGCCUGAAGAAGACGAUGAGGAUGAAAGCGAAUACGACAUUGCAAUAAUGGAAUCAGCUGGCGAAAUUCUUCCAAAGUUUGGAAAAGCAAUGACAUCGCAAGAGUUCUUCACUUACUUUAGUCGAAUCUUUCCGUUCUUUAUUGGAAAAAUUCAAAAAACGAAAAACAAAGACGAAAUGUCACAAUCACAACGUGCAAUGGCUGUUGGUGUUGUAUCUGAGUGUUUUGAACCACUUGGUGAAUUUACAGCACAAUAUUUUGAUAAUCUUCUACCAUUGUUUAUUGAUUUGUUGAAUGAUCGAAGCGAUGAAGAGGUUCGUAACAACGCUGUCUAUGCUAUUGGUGAAAUGGUCGUGCAUGGUGGACAAACAAGCUUCAAAUGUUUCCCACAAAUUCUUGAAGCUCUCUCGACACUUGUCGCUAAGGAGAGUCACGGUGGAAUCUUGGAUAACAUUUGUGGUACUCUCGGUCGAUUGAUUUUUAUCAACAGCAGUUUAGUUCCAUUGAAAGAUGUUCUGCCUGUGUUCAUCUCUUAUCUUCCACUACGACAAGAUUAUGUUGAGAACGAGUACGUGUUUCGAGCUCUCGACCUCAUCUAUCGACAAGGAAAUGAAGUUCUCUUACAAUUCCUCGAACGUGUCAUUCUUACAGCACUCACCGUACUUAGCAAGAAGCAGUACAGUAAGGAUGAAGUUCGUGAUCAUGUUUUUACAUUUGUUAAGCAAGUUCGGAAUGAUUUUCCUGAAAAGUUUAACAACGUUGUCAAUGCUGAUUCCGAAAUUUCAAGUUUUGUUCAAAGCUUAUCAUAAUCGUUAACACAAACUUGAAUUAUAAUUUCUUUCCUCCAAAAAUAUUUCUGAUAUUAUUUUAUAUUCAACAUGAAAAAUCAUAUUUUACUUGCGAAAAUAUUUAAUUCCAGUUUACCAUUUGUAAAACUCAUUAAAAAACAUAUUCUUAUUAAAAACAGGAAUUUUCUUUUGUACUUUGAAGUUUUAGAUGAAAAUGAAGUUUUAAAUAAAAAUGAAAUUUUAAU